AUGAAUCCAAUGAAACCAUUGCUCACGUCCGCUGCGUUACCACUCAUCUCACGACUCAUCCCAAGUGUGUGUCGACUGUCGACAGUCAGUAACAAACGGAUCACUCGUAUGGCGAGUGAUCUGGAAGUGUCUGAAAGCGAACUCCACAGCAAUGGUAACGAAUCGGUGGUUAAGACACGACUCGUGAAUAGGUGGAUCACUCGUAUGGCGAGUGAUCUGGAAGUGUCUGAAAGCGAACUCCACAGCAAUGGCAACGAAUCGGUGGUUAAGACACGACUCGUGAAUAGGAAUCCAAGAAAUUUGGAACAACUUCUGUUCGACAAGAAGCCAUUGGGUUAUGAACUGGAUUUGCCUCAAAGAACCUUCUGGAACAAGAUUGUCUUCGAGAGCGGCGGUAAACACUUGACGGCAAAGAUUGUCCACAAUUCGGGACGGGUUGUCGUCAGCGCCAGUACUCGCGAGACAGCCGUUGGACAGCAGCUCAAGAGUUCGAGUGGUGUGUCUGCGGCCACGAGUUUAGGACAUGUGUUGGCGUUGAGGGCCAUAGAGAGCGGUAUUCUUGAGGUGUUUGUCGGCGUUGAGUACGAGUCCAACGAAUCACUCAAAGUGAAGGCCUUUCUCAGCGCUCUUAAGGCCAAUGGACUGGUAUUAGAGGAACAGCCGAGUACUGAAAGGAGUACUGAAUUGAACACAAAUGAAGUACUGGUGCCCACGAGUGUCGGCGCUUUUGUCGGCAAUUUAGUCACAUUUGGCGACAAAUCUGUGUCCGUAUUCUUAGGCAUACCAUACGCUAAGCCACCGAGUGUCAGAAGGGGUGACCACAACCUCCUGAGCCGUACGAUAGGCACAGCUUUAGGCGAUUACUACAUCUCGUGUCCGUCCCAUCACUUCGCGGACUAUGUGUUGAGAAAUAGCCAUAACUGCAGAGUAUAUCAGUAUUACUGGACAUAUAGAGGAGACCCGAAGUCCAGUGCCUUUUGGCGCACCUUCGAGGAGGUCUGGUGUGGGAAAUGGAUGGGAAGCUGUCAUUCAUUUGAAUUGUACGCCAUUUUCGGCAUACCUUUCCUCCAGUCGAUUGCGUUCAACGAAAUGGACAGAAGAAUGUCUUCAAAGAUCAUUACAAUUGUCUCACAGUUUGCGUACAAUAAUCAACCAUUGGCUGAGAAAACGGCAAACAUUUGGCGAGAAUUCAGUGAAAUGUCCGCCAAUUCUGUGUCCAAAGCCUAUCGUGUCAUCGAUUGUGGCUUAACUCGUGAGCAGAUGUCUGGAGUGGAUCUCAAGACAUAUGAAUGCGAUUCCCUUUGGAAGCCAUUCAUCACUCACUGA